UUCAAAUCUCACAGCCUGUUUCACCCCAGCGGCGCCGCUCCCAUCAACCACCUGCAAGGCCGCAAAAUACGGAACAGUAUAUUCCGCCGGACCACCAAUCUCCGUCCCGUCCCGGCCGCGGGAUCCGAUCCAUCCACCUAGGCAGACCAUGGUGUCCUCUCACAUCAUCCGCGUCCCUCGGACCGACGAAGAGGGCGCGUUUGUUCUGGGCGAGGUAACGCCCUCGGGAUCCAAGCCGCUGAACAUCAAGUUUGUCGCCACCGAGGGAGAGGAACCUUACGUGGUCAAGUUAAGGCACGACCGGGUUGGUGAGCUGAGGGUUCCUAGUGGUCCUUGUUCGUCGGAGGAAUGGGAGAGCAUCCUGAAGGCUUUGCUUCUCGGCGCUGAGCCGAUUGAGGGGAUCGAGGCGGGCGCGGAGGCUAAUGUGGGCAAGUCGAUUACGAUCACCAUCAGGCGGCGGGUUGCAGGCAUCAACCAACGCCUUGGCGCUCUGACACUCAACCACAAAGCGGAUGAAGCUAUACAACUGUUUGACUGGUGUGGCGGCGCGGCUGUGGAAAGGGAGAAGUUCCACGAGACAGUAGUCGCUGAGAAGGCCAAAGUAUCCGACCUCGAAGCCCGCAUCACCGAACUGAGGAACCAGCUGGACGAGCUUACGGAGUCCAAGAAAGCUAGGGAGGCUGAGAUGCUGGAAAAGUUCUGCGGACUCCUCAACGAAAAGAAGGUCAAGAUCCGCGAGCAACAACGUCUUCUCAGCACCGCCCAAGUCGACCAUUCGAAGCUUGACGCGGCGCGCGCCUACCAAGCCACGCGUCCUGACAUCACACAAGACGGCAAACCGGCCGAGUCCCGGCGUGCGAAGCGCAAAGCGCUCGAGGAUGCUUCCGGGGGCGGAUCAUCUUCCGAUUCAGAUGAUGGGUUCGAAAAGGUGGCGCCCAGCACUGGUGUCGAGGAGAUGGAUGUCGAUUCGAAGGAGCCAUCACCACGGCAGGAGAUCAAGGAAAGUCCCGAGUCGGAGGACCAGGAGACCACCGAUGGCGAGGCAACCGAGACCGGGAGCGAGGCGGACGAAGAAGAGGCAGCCCCGGCGCCGUCACCACCGCCUAAGCCUCGCCAGCAACGGAAGCCGACAGCUAAGACCAGUGCAGCAGCAACCAGCAAGGCAGGGAAAGGUAAGAACGUCGCGAUACACCCCCCGAAGAGACCGGUCAGGAAGACCAAGGCUGCUACCCCGCCGCCGGCCGAGGGCAGCGAAACAGAAUCAGACGAUGAGUUGUAAGCGGCGCAACGAACUACCUGGUAUGGACCUUGGGUAGGACAGACGCGUCUAAACUUUAGCAACCCCUGUAUUUCAAUUCCUAAACAUGAAUCGCAACAAGUAACUAGCGCCUAUCAAACAUCUAUCCUAAAGUCUUCCGCAGGGUGACAAAAGAACAACAAAGAAAACAUACAACACCGGGGAUUCGCUGGUCACCGACCCAACUACUAAUCCGGCCCUUG